UGAGGGCAGCCGUGCGGGGUCAGCUGGGCCUGGGACCGGGUGAUAUAAAGGCGGGGCAGGCGGAAGGAGGGUCAGUACGUGUUUGGUGGUGAAGGGAGGCGGGUGACGACGUGUGGCUGGCUGUCGGCGCCACGGUGGUAUUUCACGGUCCCCAAGCAACAGGUGGAAGAGGAGGCAGGUGUCCAAUGCAGGCACUGAGAACACUGAUAAACCGGUGAACCAGAAACAUGCGGUCCAUUGUAAGGACUCUCGUGAACACAAAAGACACGAAAAACUAACACUUACAAGAAAAGUGAAAGAGAAACCUUGAACAUUAAAAAUACGAAAAAAAAACAACAACUAACAAACACCAGAAAGAGAUAAAGUGAGAAAGGAACCUGAACUCCCUACCUGCAAUUAGUGAAGUUGAAAGGAGGAAGGUAAAAUAAAGAUAAGGAUCAGCGUUCGACUGCCAUCGGGAAGACAAUGCGUCGGCAGGCCAACUUCUACCUGGCAACACUGUGGCUGGUGUCUAUAAAAGGAGCGUGGAGCACAGGCCUGCCGCGGGUGUGGUGGCUGCCUGGCACUGCCGUCGAGGAGGGGGGCACCAUAGCGCUUCAGUGCCAGGUGGCGUCGGCGGAGUUCGGUCCGGCCAUCUGGCUGAAGCUGGACCCCGAGGACCCCAACAACCACGUGCUUCUUUCCCACGGCGACCUGCUCAUCACGGAGGACACGAGAUUCUCCGUCAGCCACAACCUCCGCGAUAACAUAUUCGUGCUCCAGAUCGACCGUGUGUCAGCGGCGGACGCGGGGAGUUACCAGUGCCAGGUGCCCGUCAGCUCAGAGGAGGAGGAGCUCAAGGUGGAGGCCGCCCCGCCUGUUGUGGUGACGCUAUUAACUGAAAGACUGGAUUCCUCCUCGUCCCUCCCUUCCUUCAGCCCCUUCUGCCUCCUCCUCUUACUCCUGCUGGGUCUGGCAAGAUAAGGGUGUGACAAGAGGACAGAACUCAUUUAAGAGGAGGAAGAGGAAGUGUGAUAGUAUUUUAAUGGCUGCCAGCGUUGGUGAAAGGUGUAUUCAUUAUGUUGUGGGAAUAAAAGGUGUGUGGUGAUAUUUAUGUUAUAUUAGAAGAGGUGUUACAAGAUUUGGUGUGAAUGUUUCCAGUGUGUUGAGUGAUGGUGUGAAAAUGUAUGUGGGUAUCCUUAGCUUUAAGAUUUAUCAUGUAAUACACUAAUUUUUUGUAUUCCUAUUGACAGCAUAGGAUAAUUCGUUACUUACCACUGUAUUUUGUAACUGUUUCUUUCUUGGCUAAUUCACUAAUUCAUUUGUUUAGUCAUUUCCCUAUUUUUGUAAUUGAUCUUAUAUUCUGCAUGUAGUCUUUAUGAAGGGGAGGUGAAGUGAUACAGGUUCUGUACAAAAGUGUCUUUAAGGCAAUACAUGAUGAGGCAGGUGAUACAUAUCCUAUAUUGCAAUACUGUCAACUGAGUGGAUAAAGAAUGUACACUGUUCUCCACUGACAACAAUGAGUGAGAUAAGAAUGAGCAUUAUUUUGCACUUAGCCAAUACUGAAUAGGCGGGAAAAUAGCACUAUUUUGUACUUUGGCACAAGACAGUAGAGGAAAAAAUUACCUAUAUUUUGUACUUUGGUAAUUCUAAGUGAAUAAAAAGAAAUUAUUUUGUACUUAGAAAAAAAAAUAUCACUGAUGAAACCAACAAUAUUUUGUACUUUGAUAAAAUUAAGAGGGAUAAAAUAAA